CAUUGCCUGGGCUAUGCUGACAGACGACUUUUCCCUCAGUUGUCAGUUUUCUUGUCUGUCAGCAGAGCUGCUGGUAAGUGGAAGAAAACAAAGGAAGGGAUGAGAAUGAAAUGAAAGAGAAGGAGAGGGAGGACCGGCACUGGAGGGAAUGAGGGCUGCCUUUCACAGCAUGGUGGAGUGAGGACACACAGGGUCCAGCGAAUAGGGAAGCAGAGAAUCGGGAACUGAAUAACUACCAAUACUCCCCAGUCUUUCAUCAGACAGCUCAAUUGUCAGCAAGGGUUCCUCCACCCCUCCUUGAUAAGAUUGUUCAGCUGGCAUUACUGAUUGUAUCCUUGGCUUAUUAUAAAAAAUCUGUGAUGGCUUUCAAUCUGGAGAUCAGCCUCUAAUCCCCUCCAUCAGACUCAGGACCAUGGCAUAUUGCCACAGCUACUCUCAGUGUACACCUGGAGUUCUUGCUCUCUACACACACUUCCUCUAAUCGAAGGGAGAGGUGUAUAUGUGUGUGUGUGUGUGGGGGGAAGUGUUUGUAAAAAUGCUUGCUGCUCCUGGUCAGUGUUAAACGUGGAGUGUGUGCAUGUGUCGGGGGUGGUGUCCAUACUCUCUGAGCUUUAACCAAAGUGAUAACCUACAGCUAUGGAGUCACCAACUAAGGAAAUUGAAGAAUUUGAAAGUAACUCUCUGAAAUAUCUACAGCCGGAACAAAUCGAGAAAAUCUGGCUUCGUCUGCGAGGAUUGAGAAAAUACAAGAAAACAUCACAGAGGUUGCGGUCUUUGGUAAAGCAAUUAGAGAGAGGAGAGGCUUCGGUUGUAGACCUAAAAAAGAAUUUGGAAUAUGCAGCUACCGUUCUUGAAUCAGUGUACAUUGAUGAAACUAGGCGUUUAUUGGACACAGAAGAUGAGCUCAGUGAUAUUCAGUCAGACUCCGUGCCCUCUGAGGUCCGGGAUUGGUUGGCCUCCACCUUCACACGGCAGAUGGGGAUGAUGCUUAAAAGGACCGAGGAAAAGCCCCGGUUCAGGAGCAUCGUCCAUGCAGUGCAAGCUGGGAUAUUUGUGGAGAGAAUGUACAGACGGACAUCAAAUAUGGUUGGCCUGAGCUACCCACCAGCUGUAAUUGGAGUGCUAAAGAAUGUAGACAAGUGGUCCUUUGAUGUAUUUGCACUAAAUGAUGCUAGCGGGGAUCAUGCGCUGAAAUUCAUUUUCUAUGAACUUCUCACACGCUACGAUCUGAUCAGCCGUUUCAAGAUUCCCAUUUCUGCUCUUGUCUCCUUUGUGGAAGCACUGGAAGUUGGAUACAGCAAACAUAAAAAUCCUUAUCACAAUCUAAUGCACGCAGCAGAUGUUACACAGACUGUACAUUAUCUCCUUUUUAAGACAGGCAUAGCGCACUGGCUGACAGAGCUGGAGAUCUUUGCUAUGAUCUUUGCAGCUGCCGUCCAUGACUAUGAACACACUGGAACCACCAACAACUUUCACAUUCAGACACGGUCGGAUUCAGCCAUUCUGUACAAUGACCGAUCUGUGCUCGAAAAUCACCAUGUUAGCGCAGCCUAUCGCCUUUUGCAAGAUGACGAGGAGAUGAACAUUUUGUCUAACCUCUCAAAAGAUGAUUGGAGGGAAUUCAGGGCCUUGGUGAUAGAGAUGGUGUUGGCCACUGAUAUGUCCUGUCACUUCCAGCAAAUCAAAGCCAUGAAGAAUGCUUUGCAGCAGCCAGAAGGAAUCGACAAGCCGAAAGCCUUAUCACUGUUGUUGCAUACAGCUGACAUCAGUCAUCCAGCCAAGGCCUGGGACCUUCAUCAUCGCUGGACCAUGUCCUUGCUAGAGGAGUUCUUCAGACAGGGUGACAAAGAAGCAGAACUAGGGCUUCCUUUCUCCCCACUGUGUGACCGCAAGUCUACUAUGGUAGCUCAGUCUCAGAUAGGUUUUAUUGAUUUCAUUGUGGAGCCCACUUUUACUGUGCUGACAGACAUGACAGAGAAGAUUGUAACACCACUCAUUGAUGAAGCCUCCCGCUCUGGCAUGACUGGAUUUAGACGUUCCAGUUUGAAUAGCAUCAGCCCCUCAGAAGUUAAAAGAUCAAGUGUCAAGAGCACUGGGUCAGAAGGAAGUGCCUCACUCAACUGUUCAAUACUCACUGUGGACUUCAAAUGUUUUAAAGCCACCUGGACCGAGGUGGUGCAGCAGAACCGGGAGAAAUGGAAAGCAAAAGCAACCAAAGAAGAAAAAGCUAAGAAAGAAGCAGAGGAAAAUGCUCAUCAGGGAACAGACGAAAAGAAAACAGAAGAAAAAGAGGAGAAAAAGCCAGCUGAGGAUACCAUUACAGUCAACUCAGAAAACAGCAAAGAACCAAAUCCUGGGGAAAGUAAGAGCACAGAAUCUAGCAAGGGUCAUGUAAAUGGGACUCAGCAAAGUGGUGUGAACAAACUUGAAGCCUCUCCAGGGAAAAACGAGUCUAGAGCGGACAAGGACAGUGAGUCUCACCAAGUGACAGGAGAGGAGAAACAGCAUGUCCAAAAUGGUGAAUUGAAGGAUGAUGAUAACAAGUCAGACAAGAAAGAUCAGUCUAGUAUGGGAAAUGAAUCAAAGAAAACAGAUGAUACAGAAGAGUAAAAAAAAAAAAAAAAAAUAUAUUAAAAAAGAGACUACAAAUUUCUUUCAUCAUUUUAGCUGAGCUUCUUCAUUCCUCUCCUCCUCCUCCUUCCGCAAAGACCAGUUUCUGGGGAAGGCGUUACACAGCUUUCAAAACAAUCCUCCUCCCACUGGCUACUUCACAGUUAAUGACUCUGGGGUUUGGGUGUGUUUGUUCACUUUUUUUCCCAGUGUGUGUGUGUGGUUUCUUUUUUUAAAUUCUCUGGGGGUUUUUUGUUAACAAAAUAAUUCCACUUUCUGGACAGACAAAGCAAAUAAAUGAGGAUUCUCCUCAGAAGCCAUUGCUUCCCUAGGCUAAAGCCCUAGCUUGUGAAAGACAUGCUAAGGUGGUGAAACACAAAAUUGGAAUGUGUGGAAAGGGGCUUGAAAUUACUGCCUUUGUACCAUUGUUUCCAUCUGCUAGGUAGAGAAUUUGAUACCAGUUUUAGCAUCAAUUCACAGGAUUUUGUUCAUGAAGGUGGUGUACUGUUAAAUUCAUAAACUUCUCACUAGGACUGUUACACAGCUUUUCCAGCACUCUAUGAUGAUGGGGUUUGGUUUUUUUUUAAUUUAUCCUGUGGGCAAAUUCAUUUAAUCUUUGAUUUAUUUUGUGUACUUUUCUAAUUUUGUUUUAGUAGUGACUCACAAAUAGGGUGUUUACUCAGGGCUGUUGCCCACUAAAACUCUGAGGAAUGUACUUUUUGUGUUGUCUUCCAUAACUAGUCAUUACAAUUAAUGAUCUAUUUCUCACAUCUGUUUCUUAGAUACCUGUAUUCACUGUUUACAUGACCUAGAAGUACUGAGAGAAGGUAGGCAUUAGGAAGUCAGAUGGAUCAAUUCCUCCUUUCAUCUUAGUGUGAGAUUUCUUUUAUCAGUGAUUGAAUGGAUGAGUCAAAGGAAAAGAAAAAUGUAGUUGGAAAAGGAUAGGCAGACAAAGAAAGAUACACCACUGGAGUGAAGUAGGCCCAUAAACUUUAAAGGUGAAAUGUUCAAAACUAACUCAGGCCCUGAUUCAGGAAAGUGUUGCUGUUCAUGAAAGCAUUAAACAUGUGCUUAAAUGCUGUCUUGGAUUAGGGCCCCAAGAUGGAUCCAGUUCAAUAUAACUUGAUUUCACCUGUCCAUGUGAAAUUAAACACACACACAAUUGGUUUUUCAUUGUUUGUUUUAGUCAGUGUAUAGUUUUGCCCUGUUCACAUAUAUAUUUUACUAUGAGUUAGACUCCUUUCAUGCUACUCUAGAGAAUGUGGAAAACAUUGGCCUCAGGAGAAAAUAAACCCCAUCUGUAUUCCAUUUCCAUAUUCAAAGCACAAAACUUUGUUCUACCACCAGCCUAUAUUAGAUAAAAGACCCACAGCUCCUGUUCAAAAUGCAUAUGAACAGGGAUGAGCAUGUUUAAGAUGGCAGUAGGAAAUAUUGCCAUACUUGUAUUAGCCUCACCUAACACUAGCAGCAAUGGGGCUAAUCCAAGUUUUGAACAUGAACAUCCCAUAACUCAGGAAUGUUUGUAUCCAGGAUUUUGGUUCAACCCACUCUGCAAAAUUCAGAUUCCCAUCUGAGUUUUUACUUCAGACACCAACCCUUGAAUUUGUUCAGAUAUAGGGAUUUAGUUGGGGUAUGCCUCAUGCUUAGUAAAAUAUUUUCCCUUGGAAGAAAUAUAAAAGUAACUGCUGUUAGCAUACAGUGUAUUGUAAAUUCUCCAGCUGUCUUCUCUAUAUUGGUUCCUUUAAAGAAAGUAAAGGAACACACAAUAUUCUAAUUCCUUAGAACUGCUUCUGUAACUGCUCCAUACCCAGAACCCCCAUCAGCUUCAAUGGAGGUUCCACACAUAUAGCAGCUGUAGAAUUUGGCCCGUAGGCCGAGAUACACAAAGGUACUAAAGCUCCUAACUUUCAUUAAAAUCAGUGGACGUUAGCAGCCUAAAUACCUUGUGGAUCGGUGUCUUAGUCUUUAUUGGGACAUUGACAAGAUAUAAAUAAUACUGCAUUGCUGACCCAGUCCUUACUCCUACUGGGGUUUAACUUGAAUACAGUCUGAGCCAGCACAUAUUUAAAAAAAAAAUUAUCCCUACCUAGUUUAUGGUGACUAGAAAUUCUUUAGACUACUAAAACUGAAAUAAUUUAAAAAAAAUUUGAUCUUCAGUUCUCUGAUAUAUUUUUGACAGCAUACUCUGCUUGGACAGUGAAACGAAACUACGGUCAGCCAUUUCUUGGUUCUCAUGAAUUAGCACUUUAGCACAACUUCAGGCUGGAGAGUUAAUGGUGAGAGUGACAAACUACCCAGGGAAGUGAUGGAUUCUCCAUUUCUUGAGGUUUUGAGAUGAAAACUGGAUGCCUUUCUGAAAGAUAUGCUUUAGUCAUACACCAGUUAUUGGGCUCAAUGUACAGAUAACUGGGUGGAACCGAACGGCCUGUGAUAAACAGGAGGUCAGAAUAGAUGUUCUAAUGGUCCAUUCUGGCCUUAUAAUCUACUAAUAUAGAGCAGCAGUAUGUUAACAUUUAAAAAUAUUUUUGACAUUUUAAAAAAGUUGUGAAAUCGUUUCUAAACGACUCCAUGGCCUCUUUUAAAAAAACAAAAAACCCUGAAAUAUAGAUGUUGAAAGACUGCAAAGAGAGUGGUGUAGAUGGAAGAAUCUACCCCUAUGGUUCUCUUUGCAGGUUCAGGUCCUAAACUACUACAGGAACUCCUCACUUAAAGUCAUCCCAGUUAAUGUUGUUACAUUGCCGAUCAAUUAGGGAACCUGCUCGUUUAAAGUUGUGCAAUGCUCCCUUCUAACAUCUUUUGGCAGCUGCCUGCUUUGUCCACUACUUGCAGGAAGACCAACCUGUUGCAGCUAGCUGGUGGGUGGUUGGAACCAGGGUGGACCGGCAGCUCCCCGCUCCCCUAAAUUCCCUGUGCAGCAGCUGCUCAGCAGGCUACCAAUUGCAGGCAGUUCAGCUGUCCCAUCCCCCACUGCCGUGUGCUGCCCUGCCCUCUGCCUUUGAGCUGCUCCCCGAGACUCCUCCUUGCUGUGGGGGGGAAGUAGAGGGGGACUAAUGUCCAGGUGUCCCCCUCCCCCUUGCUCCUGCACCCACUUACCCCAUCUUCUAUAGCGUGGGGGGGGGACACAGAUGGAGGAAGCUGCAGUCCGGUCUCAGCUUGCUGAUCUAAUUAACAAGGCAGUGUACUUCUGACUCCACACUUCAUACUUAAAGGGGAAAUGCGCAUCUCUAUCUCUCAAACACACAUACACACAGGGUGUGUCUCUGUCUGCCUUCCCUCCUUUCCUGCUGCCUUGUAGAGUGUGAGAGUUAACCCUUAGGGCUCAGCCAAUUGCUAGUUCAUCAUUUAGCAGUAAGGCAUUCCCUGGGAAAUAUCCCACCCUCUGGCUCCUCCACCUCAACCAAGCUUCACAAUCAUCAUCACUGUGUACCAGUAUUAAAUUGUUUGUUUAAAACUU